AUGAUGAGCCAGCAGUCCAGCAGGCUGUUCCAGGCCACCAAGGGCUCAAGGGGUCGCUCUGCUGUCAUGGUGUCCAGCCAGAGUUGUAUCAGCCCCACCAGGUCCCAGUCGGCCUUGUGUUCUGGGGAAGGCAGUGCCUCCACAGCCUGUGCCACAAUAGGGGAUGCCUUUGGCAGCCAGAGCACGUACAACCUUGGGAGGAGCAAGAAGGUCUCACUUAGUGUGGGCAGAUGGGGCUUUCCCCUCCGCCUCCAGAAGGUGAUAAUCAACCAGAGCCUCCUUCAGUCCCUGAACAUGGGAAACAACCCUCAGAUCAGGGAGGUGAAGACCCAAGAGAAGGAACAAAUCAAGAUGCUCAAUGACAAGUUUGCCUCCUUCAUCGACAAGGUGAGGGCCCAUGGCAGGGUGCUGGAGACCAAAUGGUGCCUCCUGCAGGAGCAGUUGGCCACCUCUAAGGCCAGCACCAAUGACCUGAAGCCCUUCUUUGAGUCCUACACCAGCUGCCUGUGGGCCCACCUAGACUGGCUGGGUGAGCAGCCUCAGCUGGAUGGAGAGCCGAGCAUAAUACAGACACUCAUGGAGGAAUAUAAGAGGAAGUAUGUGGAUGAGUUUAACAAGCGCUCAGAGGCUGAGAAUGAGUUCAUGGUUCUGAAGAAGGAUGUGGCUAAUUCCUGCAUGACCAAAGUGGACUUGGAAACAAAAAUGGAGAUUCUGACCAGUGAAAUCAACUUCCUGAGAGCCCUCUUUGAAGCUCUAAGGACUUCUAAACUUUCCUCUAGGGAGUACAACCAGCUGCUGUCAGAAUCCAGUGAUAUGUCUGUCAUCCUGUCCAUGGACAACAACCAGCAUCUGGACCUGGACAGCAUCAUCACUGAGGUCAAGGCCCAGUAUGAGGAGAUUGCCCAGAGGAGCAAGGCUGAGGUUAAAAGGCUGUACCGGGUCAAGCUUGGGGAGCUGCAGACUACAGCCAGCAGGUAUAGUGAUGACUUGAGAAGCACAAAGAAUGAGACUGCAGAGCUCAACAGGAUGGUCCAGAGGUUGUGGGCAAAGAUUGACAGCACCAAGAAGCAGAAUACCAACCUACAGGCAAUGAAGGCUGACGCUGAGCAGAAAGGUAAAUGGACUCUCAAAGAUGACCAGGUGAAGUUGGCAGAGCUCAAGGAGGCCCUCCAUCAGGCCCAGAAGAACUUGGCUUGUCUCUUAAGUGACUAUUUGAUGAACAUCAAAUGGGCAUUGGAUGUGGACAUCGUCACCUACCAGAAGAUGCUGGUUGGUGAGGAGUACAGGUGUAUGUCUGGGGAGUGUCAGAGCCCAGUGUGCAUCUCUGAGUAUCUUAUGCACUCCAUUUCUAUUACUGUGCAGACCACCACCAACAGUGACCAGAGCUCCUGCAUCAAAUACUGA